AUGGGUAAUACAUCGGCCAGCAAAAAGGGUGAUGGUGAAAAUGUAAAGGCAUUUUUAGCUGAUGCCAAGGAUCAAUUCGACCGAAAAUGGGAUGAAAACCCACAGAACACCUCAAGUUUGGAUGAAUUUGAUAGGAUAAAAACACUGGGCACCGGUUCGUUUGGCAGGGUGAUGCUCGUUCAGCACAAAUCUACCAAACAUUUCCACGCUAUGAAGAUCUUAGACAAACAAAAAAUAGUGAAACUGAAACAAGUGGAACAUACACUGAACGAGAAGAAGAUACUACAAUCAACAACCUUUCCAUUCAUCGUACAACUCAACUAUAGUUUCAAGGAUAAUUCAAAUUUGUACAUGGUACUCGAAUUUGUUACUGGGGGCGAGAUGUUUCUACAUUUGAGACAGUCCGGAAAAUUUACAGAAUCACAUUCGAGAUUUUACGCCGGUCAAAUAGCCUUAGUUCUUGAAUACCUCCAUCACAUGGAUGUCAUGUUUAGAGAUUUGAAACCUGAAAACCUCCUCAUCGAUAUGCAUGGAUAUCUUAAGGUCACUGAUUUCGGAUUUGCCAAAAAGGUCAAAGGUCGAACGUGGACGCUCUGUGGUACGCCCGAGUAUUUGGCGCCAGAGAUAAUUCUUAGUAAAGGGUACAAUAAGGCCGUCGAUUGGUGGGCCUUAGGGGUUCUUGUUUACGAAAUGGCAGCGGGCUAUCCGCCAUUCUUUGCAGACCAACCCAUACAAAUUUACGAAAAGAUCGUUACGGGAAAGGUUCGUUUCCCCUCGCACUUCUCAAACGAACUAAAAGACCUUCUCAGAAAUUUACUACAAGUCGACAUUACAAAUCGUUAUGGAAACCUUAAAAAUGGAGCCAACGACGUCAAAAGCCACAAAUGGUUCGGACCUGUGGACUGGAUUGCUCUAUAUCAAAAAAAGAUCGAAGCGCCAUUCAUACCGAAGUGCAAGGGACCGGGAGAUGGAAGUAACUUCGAAGAAUAUGAAGAAGAACCCCUGCGCAUAUCGUCCAAUGAGAAGUGUGCGAAAGAAUUCGUCGAUUUCUGA